AUGUCUUCGAUUAUUUCGGGAGUUGAUUGCAGAGCCCUGAGAACAGAGGAGACUAACGGCUGUGAUCAAACUACCGCCGUAGACGGUGGUGGUUUCAGCUUUUUCUCGUCGGCCGCGGCGGCAAACAGCUCUCGGAUUCCUUUGAUGAGGAGCCUGGCUUUCAGAUUAGCGUCUGGGCCAAGCAAGAGAGGCCGUGGACACUAA